ACGCUCCGUGAAAUAAGCCAGGCAAAGAAAGACAAGUACCAAGUGAUUUCCCUCAUUUGUGGAGGAUAACAACAAAGUGAAACUGAAGGAACAAAACAGCAGCAGACUCACAGACUCCAAGAAGGGACUAGCAGUUACCAAAGCGGAGGGGUGGGGGAGGAUAGGGAAGGAGGGAGAAGGGGAUUGAGGGGUAUUAUGAGUGGUACACAUGGUGGGGGGGGGUCACGGGGAAGACAGUGCAGCACAGAGAAGACAAGUAGUGACUCUACAGCAUCUCACUACGCUGAUGGACAGUGAUUAUUUGUAAUCACAAUGCCAAGUUAAAAAUCUUUGCCUCCCACGUUCAAGGGUAGUAGCCUGGAAAUCAAUUUGUCAAAGGGCCCAUGAUGUCAUCCAUCAUGCUUGUGUAAUGAAACCCCAUUAACAAACAAAAACUCUGAAAUGAGUCUCAGAGAGCUUCUCUGGGCUGGUGAACAAUCUACAGACUGAGAGGGUGACAUGCUUUGGGAAAGCAUGUAGACCUUACCCAGACCUUGCUGCCUAGGUGUAUCUUUGUCUGGUUGUCCCUUUAUAUCCUUUAGAAGUACAUCAGCACUCCUAAAUACAGCUUUUCCUGAGUCAUUCUAGUGAAUUAUCAAACCUGAAGGAUGGUCAUUGGAAACACGGGAAUCCCCAAACUUGGGGCCAAGACAGACAGAAGAGCAAGUAGCCCAGGGACUUGGGAUUUUGAGGUGGGAGCGGUGCUGUGGGUCUGAGCCCCUUGACCUGUGGCAUCUGUGCUAACUUCCAGAUCAGUGCAUCACACUGAACUGCAUGACAGUGGGUGAAUUUCCACUUUCCUCAACAUUGAACACUCACUGUGUUCUAAUACAGAGCCUAACAGCAAAUUUCCUCCACCCCCUGCGGUUCUUGCUUGAGUGAUAAAUCCUGUCUCCCUCUAAAAAGCCUCCACAUCAAUUAAUUCUUGCUUAUCCAGUAUUAUACUGCAUCCCACUUAUCAAGCCCCUUAAAAUCCAAUCCCAGGAACACCCACCCUGGUUUGUGCCUGCUAAGUAGUACACAUUAAAGAAAAUUACCAUAAAUGAAGUUUUCUCUAUUAGAUAAUAGAUUAUAAAAUAUGUAACUCAUAAAUGUAAAAGUGAUUAUUAAAUCAAUGUUUUGGGAAACAGCAAUUUGUGAACUUGAUUACACAUCUCAGAACACAUACACCAAAAUGAAGUCCAGAUAAGUAGUGUUCAGUCUUUUCAUAAAAGCAUUCAACCACUACAUAUUUUUGAGAAACAAGCUAAGAGGUAUUAUUUAAUGAGGAAAUAUUUUUCAAACAAAAACACAAGUUAUAAAAGAAAAUUAUCAACACAUUUGGCCACAUAAAAUUUGUGACCAAAUAAACUUAGUAUAAAUCCAAAUGGUUAACAUAUAUGCACACACACAUAUCCAUACAUAAUUGUGACAGAAAUUACACAAGUAUCUCAGAUUUUGAAAAUUCAUACAAAUGCAAUUUUAUCACCAAAAAUGUGUUCCAGCAAAAAUUUGUUAAUACACAUAACCACUAUUUUUCACUCAUGGGAUAUAAUCAGCAGGCAACAUCAUCUCCUACUACGCUUUUAAAUAUUCAGCUAUUUUUCUUCCACCCAUAGAUUAAAGAAAAUAUUCAGCUAUUUUUCUUCCACCCACUUUUUUCUCAAGUAAUAAAAAAGUCCAUAGAGCUGUUUUAACUCACAAAGCACUGAAACAGAAUGUCCAGCCCCAUGUAAGUACAAAAAUGCCAAAGUCAGUUCAUCAGCUAGGCCAGGCUCAGGAAUGGUCCUUUCUUCCUUUCCAAAUUCCAUCCCCCCUCCCUCUGCCAGGAUAACUCAAGGGGGUGGGAGAGUUCUUACCUGGCUGAUGCUAUUUUACGAUUUGAGCAGUUUGAAUCUGGCAAUUAUUUUAAAACUGAAUUCUCUCUCUCGGGGGCACUUUACCCUAAAAAAUGCAAAACCUAUUCAUUUCUAUUUAUAAAAGAUAAAAGCAUUUGAAAGCUUGGUUCCCAAACAUAACUCUUUUGUACUUUCAAAUGUUUCACUUUUAAUCUCCAAAUCCAUCACAGAGGUCACUGAGGCCUGACCACUCAGACAAAGGCUACUUAAAGAAAUAAAAGUAUACAUUGUAUUUAUCUGCUUGAAAAGUAAGGUCUGUGAAUACAGAAAUGUACUUUUGUAUUCAAUAUAUAUGUAAAAAAAAAAACAAAAAAAGGAGAUUCCUCAUUUUGCAUCUUGAGAUUUCAUCAAUUUAUACCAUCCAAAAGGGGCCAGAAAAUGUCACAAUGGCACUGGGAUUCCACUGUGUCGGUAUGUGUUGAGCCCACCCACAUCACUCAAUUCCUACUCUCACCACCCUGAUCCCACAGCCUUUACAGCAGGACUAGAUUGACAUGGUACCUGCCCAAGCGCUCUCACCGCAUCUACUCUCACCACUUCCUUUAUCCUAAUGUGUAUUGGACACUGCAGUCCAAAGACCUUUGUUUUGCUUGUUCUCACAUGCACACUGCUAGGAACAAAGCACGUUAUUUGUUGAAUAAGUACAUGUGAGGGUGGGAAAACAAUAAAGACUCAAUAAUCAAUAUCCCCUCACUCUAAUACUUCCUACAGUUUUGCCCCUGAAGUAGAACUGAAUAUUUACAAUCAGGCAUAAGCCGUUCUUAGCCUCCUGGCAAAAUACAAUAAACAUCCAGUCUACCACCAGAGGCUUCAACCACGUAUUUAAAUCAUGGUUGCUGGCCCGCCUCCCGCCUCCCAGUCAGCAGCCCCUGAUGCGGCAGCGGGCGCCCUAGUCCUCCGCACAUGCCGGCCCGGGGCGGGGGGGCUGCCCCCAGGCCACGCUCCCCGCCGCCGCCGAGCCCCGCCCGCCACAGCGCGCCGCCCCGCCCCCCGAGGCCUCGUCCUCCUCCCAAACUUUGCAAAGUCGGCCCGCGUCCCCGCCGCGACUCGGCUCGGAGGCUCGCCUCGCAGCUGCAGCGGCCCCGCGAGGAGGAGGAGCCGCCGCUGCAGCAUCAAAGAGCCCGAAUUCCCGCGGCCUGGGGGGAGUCAUGCUCUGCGGUCUGUAAUGUCAGCAGAACAGGAGAAGGAUCCCAUUUCGCUGAAGAGAGUUAGAGGUGGAGACGGUGGGCUGGAUGGGUUAGGAGGUCCAGGCAUACAACUGGGAAGCCCAGAUAGGAAAAAACGCAAGACAAAUACACAGGGGCCUUCUUUUCCUCCCCUGUCUGAGGGUGCUCCACCGCCGAGUCCAAACUCGGACCAUCUAGUGGCUGCUAAUCCGUUUGAUGACAACUAUAAUACUAUUUCCUAUAAACCACUACCCUCGUCAAGUCCUUGUCUUGGCCCGGGCCCUCCUGGCUUUGGAGGCCAUAGCACCUUCAGGGAGCCGCCUCACGUUCCUCCAAGAAUGUCUUCCCCCCACUGCGGUCCUCACUCACUCAGGAAUCAGCCACACCCACUCCCCCAGAAUCCUUCGGGCAUGGGCUUUAAUCGACCUCAUGCUUUUAACUUUGGGCCACAUGAUAAUUCAAGUUUUGGAAAUCCAUCUUAUAAUAAUGCACUAAGUCAGAAUGUUAACAUGCCUAAUCAACAUUUUAGACAAAAUCCUGCUGAAAACUUCAAUCAGAUCCCUCCACAGAAUGCUAGCCAAGUAACGAACCCUGACUUGGCGUCUAACUUUGUCCCUGGAAAUAAUUCAAAUUUUACUUCUCCAUUAGAACCUAAUCAUUCUUUUAUUCCUCCCCCAAACACUUCUAGUCAAGCAAAAGCACCACCCCAAAAACAAGGCUUUAGUCAAGGAGCAACCAAAUACACUCAUCAAAAUUCCUCUGCUCAUCCACCUCACUUAAAUAUGGAUGACACAGUGAAUCAGAGUAAUAUCGAAUUAAAUAAUGUCAAUUGAAACAAUGCAGUAAAUCAAGAAAAUAGCCGUUCAAGUAGCACUGAAGCUACAAACAGCAGCCAUUCAAAUGGAACACAGAAUAAGCCACGACAACCUAGAGCUACAGCAGAUGCUCGCGCCACUGAGAAAGGCAAUAAACCCUCUCUCCACCCAAGCCGUCGUGGCCGUUCUUCUUCUGACCCAGUGUAUCCUUGUGGAAUUUGUACAAAUGAAGUGAAUGAUGACCAGGAUGCCAUCUUAUGUGAAGCCUCUUGUCGGAAAUGGUUUCACCGGAUCUGCACUGGAAUGACUGAAGCAGCUUACGGCCUCCUGACUGCAGAGGCGUCAGCAGUGUGGGGCUGUGAUACUUGUGUGGCUGACGACGAUGUCCAGUUAAGGCGCACUAGAGAGACUUCUGGUCCACCUGCAGUGGGCAGUGGUGCGUCAUCACAGGCAUUAACUGUAGUGAGGUCUUUUCCUGCAUAUUACAAAAGUUUGGUACACAGGAUUUUAAUGUUUUACAUUAUUUUUUUAAGUGCACACAGAAAAGAUUAUUUACUUUUUAGUUUUUAUUAAUAUUCCACUUCAUUACUAGUGCAAACUUUGUAUUGUCUUUAACUUAAAUUAGAAUAAUGUAUGAGGGUGCUUUAGAAAGUACUACACGAAUAAAUGUUAGUUGUUAAUCAUAAAAAAAAAAUCAUGGUUGCUAUGGUGUGCCUAUUACCUUUAUUACUUACAGUGACCUUUCUAAAAGAUAGUGGGUAACCAUUAUCAUAUGGUAAGGGCCCAACAAUUUAGGCACAUUACGACUAAACAGAUAAAUGAACAUAGAAAAAUAUAAUCUUACCCUUAGAAGGAUUCUGAUUUCUUAUUCAAUAGCAGAUUGAGUUUCUGGACUCAGUUUCCCUGUAUCACAGUAGGUCCUAACUCCAAGCUAAAACAAGUGGGAACAAAGAAGCUUAACUGAAAAAUCCAAAAUCACUAAUAAAUGUAACAAAGGAAGUACUAUCUUAUACAUAAGGAAACAAAUAUCAUGAAUCUGGGCAUGCUAUCACUGCAUAUUACACCAGAGCUGCCAGGCCUGUCAGCAAAGCCACAGUCACGCUGCGGAGCCAACACUGGCACAUGUAAUGUCUUGUAAUUUUUUCUUUUCUUUGAAAUAGCGCUCCCCAGAAGCUUAUGUAGGAAAUUGCUAAUGAAAACAUUAAAAAAAGAAAAUUCACCCACUUCCUAAGUUUGUUGAUACUUUCUUCUUUAACUUUCUGAACCAGCAUGAAGUCAGAAAUACUUGUGAAAUUUAAUCUAAUAAAAUGUUUUCUUAAUAUAUAUGCACUGGUGAUCAGUGCACAAAUGCACCAAUGAUGAGUGA